AUGCGUGCUUUUAUUGUACUCGGUUUAAUAGCGGUAGCGUGUGCUGACAAGUUGGGAUAUAACUACAGACCAGUAGGUCACUCCAGUUCAGGAUUAUCAUUUCAACCAGGUUCUGGUGGAUUAAGUGGUGGUUCAAUUGGAGGUGGCUCUCUAGGUGGUGGCUCACUCGGUGGUGGCUCACUCGGUGGUGGCUCACUCGGUGGUGGCUCACUCGGUGGUGGCUCACUCGGUGGUGGCUCACUCGGUGGUGGCUCACUCGGUGGUGGAUCACUCGGUGGUGGCUCACUCGGCGGAAAUGGUCUCAGUUCACUCGGUGGCGGAAUCGGUGGCCCAACCUCAUACAAUGCUCCAGCUCCAUCCGCUGAAUGGGAAAAGGAAUUCUACUCAUUCUCAGCCCCUGAAAAUGAAUUCAAUGACGAUAAUGCCGCACAAAGAAUUGCUAGCUCUUUGAAGAAGAACUUACGUGUAAUUUUCAUUAAAUCACCAGAAAACAAAGGUCUUGAAAACGCUGCUCUCAAUUUGGCCAAACAAGCUGCUGAUCAACAAACUGCCAUCUAUGUUCUCCACAAACAAGCUGAUGUUGGUGAUUUGGCUAAUAAACUCAAUGCGAUCCGCAACAACAACAACCAACGUCCAGAAGUACAUUUCGUCAAAUAUCGCACACCAGCAGAUGCCGCUAAUGCACAAAGAGCUAUUCAAUCUCAAUAUGACUCAUUGGGUGGAUCAUCUCAAGCUCAUGAUGGUGGUGUUGCUCCAGUACUUAACUUUGCAUCACAAGCUCCAGUUUCUCAUUCAAAUCCCCAAUCUCCUGGUAAUGCAUACUUGCCAUCUUCUGUUUUCCGCCGCCGUUUCUAA